CUUUAGAGUUUUAGACCGGGAAAUAUAAAAGGGACGUCGAAUAGAGAGAUUUGAGUAAACCCAGCUUUCUCACUUUCUCAGCUCGGAAACGGGACACCUACGAUCGUUGUCCGCUGUGACGGGACAGAUUGGAUGGAUUUCGGGACCUCGCAGUCCAGCUAGGGCAGAAAAAGUGAAUUGAAAAGGCCCCCACCAAAGGAGGAGUGUGUUGUAAAGUUACCGACCGAAGAAGAAGAAGGGUUCAGAUUGAUUCCAGUCCAGAGUUCCAAGAAAUUUAGACAAAAGUCAGAAGCUAGAUUUCAGAGUAAAAGAGCAUCUGUAUGCUGGAGUUUCUACCAGAAGAGAACAUCAAGAAGUGUCUUCUCUAGCAGAAUUGGAAUAGGAAAUUGUUAUCCAGGGAAAUCUCUGGGAGCUAUCAAAUUGCUUUAUGUGGAUACCAUCAAUCCACAAUGCCGGGGUUACCUUUGGUGGCUAGUGAAACUACGAAUCCUGGGUGCAAUUGCAGCCAUUCUAGGUCUUUUGAUCAGAUGUGCUGCCAAGAUGCUUGGGCCCAUUUGUCUGCAGAAGAGGCAAUUACAGCUGAAGAAAGUCUGUCAGUUUAUUGCAAACCUGUUGAACUCUAUAAUAUUCUCCAGCGCCGUGCUUUACGAAAUCCAUCCUUUCUUCAAAGAUGCUUGCACUACAGAAUACAAGCAAAGCACAAAAGGAGUAUCAAUGAAGAUAAGAGUGCUGCUGAUCUUGGUUUCCAUGGAAUUCCACAACCAAGUUUUGAUUUGUUUACUUGGAAUUAUCAGUCCCGGGUUUCCUAUCGGUUGAGAACUGGAAAUGUCAUUUUCAAUUAUAGGUAUUACAACAACAUGUUACAAAAAACUGAAGUUACUGAAGAUUUCUCCUGUACUUUUUGCUUGGUACCUUGUGCAAGCUUUAAGGGUCUCAGAUGUCACUUGUGUUCAUCACAUGACCUGUUCAACUUUGAGUUUUGGGUAACUGAAGAAUAUCAGGCAGUGAAUGUCUCUGUAAAAACUGAUAUUCGGGGAUCUGAGAUUGUUGCUGAUGGUAUUGAUCCAAGAUUACAAACAUUUUUCUUCUGUUCAAAGCCACGGAGACGUAAGAGAUCAAAUAGCAUAGUUCAAAAUGCAAUGCAUGUACAUCCACAAGUCAUGAAGUUGGACUCACCUGAAGUGACUGGAGGUCCUUCUGGAGGACUUUCAGAAAAGGUUGCUUGUACAAUUUCUUGCAUGCCUGUUGCAGAGAAUUCAACAAUUGCUGAGCCUUCCAAUCAAAUUUCCUGUAAAAAACCUGAGAAUGGUGUGCAUUCCAGUAAAGAAGGGGAAAAUGCUUCCAAGGCGUUCAUAAAUGGAUUCCACAAUGAAAGCCAUAAAACAGAAAGCAAUGGUCUUGAGGAUCCUUGUUUUGCAGAGCACAUAGAAUGUGUUGCAUCCAGCCCUAAUGUUACAGGUGUUACUGCUACAGCUCACUCUUCUGCAGGCUUGGAAUGUAGUCAACCGGUAUCUGGAAGCAAUACUGCACCCCCACUCGUGCUGCAAUUUGCAAAGACAAGGAAGUUGUCUGCUGAAAGAUCUGACCCUAGAAAUCGUGCACUCCUGCAGAAGCGGCAAUUCUUUCAUUCUCACAGAGCUCAGGUGAUAGCCGGAACUCUUUGUUUGUGGUUGAAGCCAAUGGCAUUGGAGCAAGUACUAUCAGAUCAGGAUAGUGAGGAUGAAGUUGAUGAUGACAUUGCAGAUUUUGAAGAUCGAAGGAUGCUUGAUGAUUUUGUGGAUGUAACCAAGGAUGAGAAGCAGAUCAUGCAUCUUUGGAACUCAUUUGUUAGGAAGCAAAGAGUGCUGGCAGAUGGUCAUAUUCCAUGGGCUUGUGAGGCGUUCUCGAGAUUGCAUGGGAAGGACCUUGUCCGAGCCCCUAAUCUUAUCCGGUGUUGGAGGUUGUUUAUGAUUAAAUUAUGGAAUCACAGCCUCCUCGAUGCACGCACGAUGAACAACUGUAACAUAAUACUUGAAAGAUACGAAAAUGAGGGCUUGGAUCCUAAACAAAGCUAGAGAGGAGGUUAUUCAUCUUAUUGACUUUGGAAGAAAGCUGAGAUGGGUUACAAGGAAAAGUUUCUUCAUCUAAUUAACUAAUUUCAUGGUACCGUCUUUGUAUUUUCUUUUUAUUCUUUUCUUUACGGUUCUUUCCAUUUUGAUUAUUGGGCCAGAAAUAGGUUGCCAUUCUUUCAUGGGUAUACGAAGAGAAAAAAUGAGGGUUACUAGUAGUCUUAUUGUAAAGUUAGCCUCUCUUGUAUAUAAUUGCGAUGACAUAAAAUUCUGGUUAGCUUUUGAUUGAUGUGAAAUAUGCUGGGGGCAAAACAUGGUUCCUAACACCUGGACACCAGUGCAAAAAUGAAACGAGAACUAAUUAUUUGAAGGGCAAA